GGCGGCGCCCCCUGCAGGCCGCGGCGGGCAGAGCGGGCGGAAGGAACCCGAGCCGAGCUGCCACCGUGUCCGAGCCGGAGGCACCGCCGCCGCCGCCGCCGGAGUGUCGCGGGCCCGGAGUCCGCCUGGAACACCCUCCUCGCCGCCAGCCACGUCGCAGCGCCCGCCGGAGCCGCCUCGCCGCCCGCGCACAGCCGAAGCGGCCGGGCCGGGCCCGCCUCGGCCCUCUGCUCGCCCUCCCCGCCCUGCACCGGCCUUCACUCUGGAGCGGCCCCGGCAGCCGCAGCAGGGGCGGCGGCGGCGGAUCGAGGAGCUCUCCAGGUCGUCCCGGGAGAGGCUGCUGCAGUCCCGGGACAGGAUGUUUUCCAAGUUCACCUCCAUCCUGCAGCACGCCGUGGAGGCGCUUGCACCUUCUCUUCCUUUACAAGAAGAUUUUGUUUAUCACUGGAAGGCAAUUACCCAUUACUACAUAGAGACUUCGGAUGAUAAAGCCCCAGUGACAGAUACAAAUAUUCCAUCUCAUCUGGAACAGAUGUUGGUUAUCUUGAUACAAGAAGAAAGUGAACGGGAAUUUGGAGAGACGGGGCCAUGUAUGGAGUAUUUACUUCAUCACAAGAUCUUGGAAACAUUAUAUACCUUAGGGAAAGCUGAUUGCCCUCCGGGGAUGAAACAGCAGGUUUUGGUGUUCUAUACCAAACUUCUGGGGAAAGUCCGGCAGCCACUACUUCCACAUAUUAACGUGCAUAGGCCAGUGCAGAAAUUAAUUCGACUGUGUGGUGAAGUCCUUGCAACGCCAACAGAAAAUGAAGAAAUUCAGUUUCUCUGCAUUGUGUGUGCAAAGCUGAAACAAGAUCCCUACUUGGUUAAUUUUUUUCUGGAGAACAAGUUUAAAUCUCUGGCUUCUAAAGGAGCACCAAAUGCAACUUCAGAAGAUGUAUUGAAAGGUCAAGAUUCCUUGUCAACAGAUACAGGACAGUCCUGUCGGCCAGAGGAACCGUCUGGUGCUUCUGGAAUGGAGCACACCGAGUUAGAGGAUGCGCCGCCUCCUCAGCCGGAUGAUCUGUCCACAGGCUUGGACAACCUCAGCAUCGCUGCACUGCCAGAGGCCACAGUUGUUCGUCCAAACCAGGAUUACAACUUAGUGAAUUCUUUGUUAAAUCUUACUAGAAGUCCUGAUGGCCGAAUAGCUGUGAAAGCCUGCGAGGGCUUGAUGCUGCUAGUGAGUCUGCCAGAGCCAGCGGCCGCCAAGUGCCUCACGCAGAGCACCUGCUUGUGCGAACUGCUCACAGACAGGCUCGCCUCCCUGUACAAGGCCCUACCUCAGUCAGUGGACCCCUUAGAUAUUGAAACAGUGGAAGCAAUUAACUGGGGCUUGGACUCAUAUAGUCACAAAGAAGAUGCUUCUGCAUUUCCAGGAAAACGAGCCUUAAUUUCAUUUCUCUCCUGGUUUGAUUAUUGUGAUCAACUCAUAAAGGAAGCACAAAAGACUGCUGCUGUUGCUCUUGCCAAAGCUGUUCAUGAAAGAUUUUUUAUUGGUGUUAUGGAACCUCAAUUAAUGCAAACUUCUGAGAUGGGUAUUCUGACAUCAACUGCUCUGCUUCAUCGCAUUGUUCGGCAAGUAACCUCUGACAUUUUGCUUCAAGAAAUGGUGUUUUUCAUCCUUGGAGAACAGAGGGAACCAGAAACUCUGGCAGAAAUCAGCAGACAUCCUUUAAGACAUAGGUUAAUUGAACAUUGUGAUCACAUAUCUGACGAGAUAAGCAUAAUGACAUUAAGAAUGUUUGAACAUCUUUUGCAAAAACCCAAUGAGCACAUUCUUUACAACUUGGUCCUAAGAAAUCUUGAAGAAAGAAACUAUACAGAAUAUAAACCUGUGUGCCCAGAAGAUAAAGAUGUAGUGGAGAAUGGAUUAAUAGCAGGAGCAGUAGAUCUGGAAGAAGAUCCUUUGUUUACUGACAUUUCACCAGAUAACACUUUGUCAAACCAAGAGUGGCUUAGUUCUUCACCUCCUGCUUCUCCAGACCACCCCAAAAAUGAUGGGAAAACUGAAGUCCAUAAAAUUGUAAAUAGUUUUCUCUGUCUGGUACCGGAUGAAGCAAAAUCAUCCUACCAUGUGGAGGGCACGGGAUAUGACACCUACCUCCGAGAUGCUCAUAGGCAGUUCCGGGACUACUGUGCUAUCUGCUUAAGAUGGGAGUGGCCUGGGUCUCCAAAAGCAUUGGAAAAGUGCAAUUUAGAAGCAGCUUUCUUUGAAGGUCAUUUUUUGAAAGUUUUAUUUGACAGAAUGGGAAGAAUUCUUGAUCAGCCAUAUGAUGUCAAUUUACAAGUAACAUCAGUGUUAUCUAGACUUUCUCUCUUCCCUCAUCCACACAUACACGAGUACCUUUUGGACCCUUAUGUGAACCUUGCUUCUGGCUGUAGAUCUCUCUUCUCUGUAAUCGUCAGGGUUGUUGGAGACCUCAUGGUUCGAAUCCAGCGUAUUCAAGAUUUUACUCCCAAGCUUCUAUUAGUCAGAAAGCGAUUACUUGGUCUGGAACCUGAAGGCCCUAUUAUCGAGCACAUCACGUUGCUGGAGGGUGUGAUUGUGCUGGAAGAGUUCUGUAAGGAGCUGGCGGCCAUCGCCUUUGUGAAAUACCAUGCUGCCUCCACACCAUAAACAGCAUCUUGCAAGUAACCAAGGGAACAGAACUGUUGUAUGCAUUUCAUCAAAAAAGCCUCAGUUCCACCCAGCCACGAGAGGAUAAAAAGCCUUUUUAAAUGAAGCAUUGCUGUAAACUGGACAGAACCAUUCAGAACCCACUGAGUGGACACUCAGUACAAUGUUGUGUGAUGUUGACUUUAUCAUAAUGGUUCUAGAUAUAAAGUUGCACAUCCUUGAGUCCAGGAUACAAUCAAAGGAACUUCAGGAAAUAAGCAUUUCUAAUGCCUGUGUGAAAAGCUGCAAAAUUUCUGAUGUCAUGACUUUGAUGAUAUUUCUGUUAAUUUAAUAUCCUUUUAGGUAGCAAGGCAUUUUGACAUUCUCUGGGACUCAAGUGCUUAUAUUCUUUUGGAUUAAUAAGUAGCA